UCACGAAAAUGACGUAUUUGGCUGUCAAAUUUUGCUACAAAAAUACAAAGAAUUGGUAAAUUAACCAAAUGUUUUCUCCUUAAAUUGAAAAUUUUUAGGCAACAUAAAAACAAGAAAUAAAAAUAAAAAUACAACAAAAAACUCGAAAAGCACAAAAACUUUGAGGACAAAUGUCAUAGCUAGAGAAGACGUGAAGUUAGAUCAACAGAAAAAGAAAAAGUUCUAUAUUCAACAACAAAACGAAGAAAAAACAGACGGUCAGCAAUUUAGCGAAUAUCUAGUAGUGUGGAGCAGCUAGUGGUGCAGCGGGGGAGUGAAUGUACACAGCAUAACAGCGGUGUCAGUGAUAGCUCAUAAGAGUGUAGUCAUAAUCAUUAAAUUGGCAAAUCGUUUUCGCCAAAAAAGAAAAAGGAAAUAGCAACAAAAAAUAGAUUACGUUGAUGAAGUGAAAAUUAAAUACUGUCGUGUAAUUGCUGAUAAAGGUUAAUAUUAAAGUCAUAUUUAUAUACCACUAAGAAAUCUGCUGGUAGUGGUGUAGAGUUGGCUCUGCUGAAAUCAACAAAAACACAAGUAACGAGCUAAUAUUCUAAACAUAGUCAGGGAAGGAAGCUUGAAAGCCGAAAGUUGUCUUGAGACUCACACCCCAUCAGUUUGAUUUAGCGUGCACAAAGGUCAGUUGCAUUCCUUUGUUAGAUGUCGUUGCAAAUUUUGUCGGAAACUGAGUAAUCCUAUAACAUGUACGAUUACUAACCCUGUGCCCACCACUCCUAAACAGGUCAUUAUCCUCACGUGCAAAGUCAUCCGUUACUAAACAGACAUAGUCAGUUCGAAGUAUACAACACAAAGAGCUAGACAUAUGACUCUCUAGCACAGUCGCUUUUCUUGUGCUAAAAUCACAAGUAAAUAUAAAUGUAAUAAUAUCGACAUAGGUGCGAUUCGCAAUUAAGGCUUCACAAACAUAAUUUGUUUAUCGCCAUAAAACAAUUUAAAAGCAAAAGUAUAAAAAUAUAUUCACCUUUUCGAGCGUUGCCCCCACUGUAAACCAAUAUAUCGAAACAGGACGCACAAAAUUUAAACCCAACGAAUGGGCGCUAAGGCAAGUACACCGACAGCUAGCGGCCAGAGCCCACGUUCGCGUACCUUUUCCAGCAGUUCAACUGGAACGGACGCCGCAGCACAAGUUGCAACAAAUAGCGGCACCGAUGGCGGUCAAGGCUUCAACUUGUUGCGUACAUUGCCUAGCCUACAAGUACAACAUCACGUCCAAAGUUCGAGCAUCGAUCGGCAAAGGGCACGCAGUUUGAGUUCAGUACCGGAUAUACACAAUCAACAACAUGGCACCUCACACGCAUCUUGUGUUGCUGCGGGACCGCAUACACAUCCAGCAGUUGGUUCGACGCCAAGCAAUAGUGCAUUUGGUGUAUCUUCACAAACGCAUUCUUCAGGUACAACCAACUAUCUGCAACAUCAACAUUAUCCGCUUGGCGGCGAUGUUAUGGGCACUGGCAGUAUUCGGGUUAGUGUACCGGUUAGCAGUAGUUCGUUUCAUGACAAUUCACUUAUGCUGAAUGGCGGGAAUGGUGGUGGUGGUGGUGUUGGUGCUAGCGGUCGUGGCAUGGUGAGUGGGCCACAUUCACAUACAUUAAACUUUGAAGAUCUGCAGGAUGGAACUGGCACAAAUUUUGUUGAAAGUAUUGCCCUGGCGGCAUCCUCGUCGAGUGGGGCGGGCGGCAUUGGUCGUGUUUACACAGCUACUUCGCUACCAUCGCACAUUUGGUCAUUUAAUGGUAUUAAGUGUCCAGUAUGUAACAAAUUUGUGUUGCCCGACGAUAUUGAAUGCCAUUUAGUUAUGUGCCUCACCAAGCCGCGACUGUCAUAUAAUGAGGAUGUGUUAUCCGAUGCCAAGGGUGAAUGUGUAAUUUGCUUAGAAGAUUUAAAUCCCGGUGAUAUUAUUGCACGACUGCCGUGCUUAUGUAUUUAUCAUAAAGGCUGCAUCGAUCGAUGGUUCGAGGUGAAUCGAUCUUGCCCUGAGCACCCAGGCGACUAGUUAAACCUCACUAAAACAAUUUUUGUUUAGUAAGAGAUGAAUUGUAAUCAUAACUAAACAAUUUAUCGAGUAAUAAUGAACCUAGUGAUAUAAUAUAUACAUAUAUUCAGCAAAUAAUAAUAAUAAUAAUAAUAAUAAUGAUAA